AUGGAUUCCAACGCUAUAGACAGCCAAAAAGGCAGAAAGCGCUCCCGCUCACCCCACCGCGACGACCGCAGUCCAUCGAGACGCAAGCACCAUCACCACCACCAUGGCCACCACCGAUCACGACAAGAACCUCAAGUGCGAUUACCCUACGCACGAGAAACGCUGAAAAAAGGCGACUUCCAGACCUUCAAGCCCUUGUUCGCCGAGUACCUCGACGUACAAAAGCAGCUCUCCAUCGACGACCUGACGGAGGAUGAGAUCAAAGGCCGCUUCAAGAGCUUCGUCGGAAAAUGGAAUCGGAAAGAGCUCGCGGAAGGGUGGUAUGAGCACGGGAUGAUGGAGCGGGCGCCCUCCGGACCCUCCAUCCCCUCCCUCCAAGACCUCCAACACCGCUCCGAACUCCUCCACUCCGACCGUUCCGCACACGCCGCCUCCCGCCGCCACUCCCUCCUUCAAGACCAUACCCUCCAAAAAGAACGCCUCCUCGAACUCGCGCCGCGCGCCGAUCCAGGUUCUCGAGAACGACAGCUCGAAAAGAAGCGGGAAGUCAGCGCUACGAAUCGGUCGUUUGGAGAGGCGAAAGAGGCGGGGAUGGAAGAGGUGGGGGAGGGGGAGUUGAUGGGUGGUGAUGAUGGAGAGGGGGGGAUCGCGGGGUAUAAAGCGAAAUUGAAGGCGAAGGAGAAGGUGAAGAAUGAACGGGAGAUCAGGAAGGAGGAGGUGUUGAGGGCUCGGGCGGCGGAGAGGGAGGAGAGGAUUGCGGCGCAUCGGCAGAAGGAGGAUAAGACGAUGGAGAUGUUGAGGGGGUUGGCGAGGGAGAGGUUUGGGUGA